UACACAAGGACGCCGACUUAAUGUUCCUAUACGCCCAAUAAUGAUCUAAAUCAACUUAUGAAUAGAUUACAAGCUCUCGUAUAAAUAGCAAGACGAGUAAGAAAUGGGCAUCAGUCAGCCGUGACGGUUUGAAGUGAUCUUCCUAAGAAUUCUAACACAGACCACGUUCACAAUGAGAUCGCUGGUGGUGUUAUGCGCGGCGUUCGCCGUUUGUGCUGCUGCUCCCUCGGACGACGGUGUCGCGAAGAAGAGGUCCGUCGGAUACCUAGAGUACGGAGCAUCCGCUCUAUACGAACCCGUACUUGAAGCUCGUGCUGUAUACGGUGCACCAUCAGUUUAUGCUGCGCCUUCAGUUUACGCCUCACCCUCGGUUUACGCAACACCUACGGUCUACGCAGCACCUACAGCUUACGCCGCCAACACUCUGUACGCCGCCAAUACGGUAUACGCCGCUCCCGCUGCCGUAUCUCACCAAUCCCGCGUGGACGUGAAAUCAUCCCCAGCCGUGGUUGCCAGCGCACCUGCCGUUGUUGCUGCAAGGACCGUCGUUGAGCCCGUGAGCACAGUAGUGAGCUCGCCCGCCGUGGUCACCUCUCAAGUGGUGCCCGCCGCUGUGUCCCACCAGUCGCGUGUGGAUGUACAAACUUCCCCGGCUGUGGUCGCCUCCGCACCGGCUGUCGUUGCCGCGCGUACUUAUGUUGAACCAUUGAGUACUGUCGUCAACGCUCCCUCCGUGUACUACGCUUCCUCUCCCACCGUUACUUACGCUGGAGGCUCAGCCGUGUCCCAACAGUCCCGUGUGGAUGUCAAGAGCUCCCCUGGUGUUAUCACAGAACAAGUGGUACAGCCUACAUACUACGCUUCUGCACCUGUAGUCGCAUCCGGACCAGCCUUUGUUGAAUCCCGUUCACUUUACUCUCCUUCCUUCGUCAGACAAACACAGACCACGUUCACAAUGAAAUCGCUGGUGGUGUUCUUCGCUCUCGCCGCCGUGGCUUGCGGCUCCAUCGUCCCUCUGGCGCAGCCCGCGCACCACCCCGCCAUCGUGCUGGACCCUCACGGACGCCCCCUGGACACUGCUGAGGUCAUCAACGCCCGUGCCAUCCACCUCCAAGCCAAGGCCCUGGAACCCGCUCACCUCGGACACGCAGCUGUCGCCGUCGCUCCCAUCGCGCACUCCGCCGUGGUAGCCGCCCCCGCCGUGGUAGCCGCCCCCGCCGUGUACGCCGCCCCCGCCGCCGCCGUCUCGCACCAGUCCCGCGUGGACGUGCGCACCAGCCCCGCCGUCGUAUCUCACGCCGCUGCCGUCGUGCCCUCAGUCUCCGUCUGGGGAGCUCACGCCGCCGCUCCCUUGUUGGGCCACUCCGGUCUCGGACUCGCUGGAGCCGGACACUACCUCCACAAGCGUUCCCUGGGCUACGCUUGGUCUGCUCCCCUCAUCGCUCCCUCCGCGGUCUCCCACCAAUCUCGCGUAGAUGUAGUGUCCAGCCCUGCUGUGGUUUCGCACGCUGUGGCCGCUCCCGUGGUCGCACACGCCACUCCCGUGGUCGCACACGCCGCUCCUCUGGUCGCUCACGUCGCUCCUGCCGCGGUGUCUCACCAGUCCCGCGUGGAUGUGCGCACCAGCCCCGCCGUCGUAUCCCACGCCGCUGCCGUCGUGCCCUCAGUCUCCGUCUGGGGAGCUCACGCCGCCGCUCCCUUGUUGGGCCACUCCGGCCUCGGACUCGCUGGUGCCGGACACUACCUGCACAAGCGUUCCCUGGGCUACGCUUGGUCUGCUCCCCUCAUCGCCCCCUCCGCGGUCUCUCAUCAAUCCCGCGUUGAUGUAGUGUCCAGCCCCGCUGUGGUGUCGCACGCCGUGGCCGCGCCCGUGCUCGCGCACGCCGCUCCGCUGGUCGCGCACGUCGCACCUGCCGCGGUGUCGCAUCAGUCCCGCGUCGACGUGCGCAGCAGCCCCGCCAUCUCCGUCGUCGCCGCCGCCCCCGUGGCGUACAGCUACCUCGCCGCCGCUCCCCUCGUCCAUGCUGCUCCCUCAGGGCAUGGCUAUGGUCUCCAUGGUUGGUAAAGAGCUGAUCUGACGAAUAGACAAUUAAAAAAUAGCACAAUAAAUAAAUUAUCAAAAUUAA